GUUGAUGACGGUAUCGCCUAAAUAUACUAUCUCUCGCCAAUAUUUUUACUACCAAUUUAUUAUUUACUCUGACACUUCUUAAACUGUAAUUUGCUACCAUUAAAGAAAAUAACAAAUUACUGUACUUUUACGAAAAAAGACACAAUAAUUAUAUAAAAAAAUUGAAAAUAAAUGUUCAUAUUCCAAAAGUACCAUCGCAAGCACGAUUGGCGAAUUGAAGAUAAGAGUUUAGGAAUGUAAACAAACUGAGUGCUGUGUCGUGGAUUAGAAGCAUGGCUUGUACUCGCAGUUGUCCAUUAAUUUUUAAUUCUAAAUUGCCAACUAAAUUGAUAUUUUCCUCUAAAUCGAAAACGUGGAAUUCAGCUAUCAGUGCUAAAUUAUUUAAGCCUGAGAUUUUUACUGUCCAAGUGUGCCAAUUUUCUGAUGUAAAGCAUAAAUUAUAUAAUAUAGAUCCUAUUGAUCAUCAUGAAGAGAAAUUUGACAAAAUACUUAUUGCAAAUAGAGGGGAAAUAGCAUGUCGAAUUAUCAGAACAUGUAGACAGAUGGGUAUAAAGACAGUAGCCAUACAUAGUGAUGUGGAUUCAACUGCACUCCAUGUGAAAAUGGCUGAUGAAGCUUAUUGUUUGGGUCCUGCUCCAACCAGUAAAAGCUAUCUGAAUGUAGAUGCUAUUUUAGAAGCAAUACAAAUAAGCUCAACUCAAGCUGUUCAUCCUGGAUAUGGUUUUUUAUCUGAAAACAUGGAUUUUGCUCAGAAAUUGGAGAAAAUGGGCAUUGUGUUUAUUGGUCCUAACUGGAAGUCAAUUUCUGCCAUGGGUGAUAAAAUUGAAAGCAAAAGAAUAGCAAAGCAGGCUCGAGUGAAUACAAUUCCUGGAUUUGAUGGUGUUGUUAAUUCUCCUGAAGAAUGUGUGAAGAUUGCUCAAGAAAUAGGCUAUCCAGUUAUGAUCAAAGCAUCUGCUGGUGGUGGUGGAAAAGGCAUGAGGAUUGCAUGGAAUGAUAAAGAUGCCACGGAAGGUUUUCGUUUCUCUUCUCAAGAAGCAAAAUCUAGUUUUGGUGAUGAUCGAUUGCUUGUUGAGAAGUUUGUUGAUAAUCCAAGGCAUAUUGAAAUCCAGGUUUUAUGUGAUAAGCAUGGGAAUGGUAUUUAUUUAAAUGAAAGAGAGUGCUCAAUUCAAAGACGAAAUCAAAAAGUUAUUGAAGAAGCACCAAGCACCUUUGUUGAUGAAGAUCUUCGAAAAGCUAUGGGAGAACAGGCUGUUGCUCUUGCGCAGGCUGUUGGAUAUGACUCUGCAGGUACUGUAGAAUUUCUUGUGGAUUCAAAGAAAAAUUUUUAUUUCUUAGAAAUGAAUACCAGGUUACAGGUGGAGCAUCCUAUCACUGAAUGUAUAGCUGGUGUCGAUUUAGUUCAACAAAUGAUAAGAGUAGCUAAAGGUCAUGCUUUAAGAAUUAAGCAAAGUGACAUUGGUAUUAAUGGAUGGGCUAUAGAAUCUAGAGUUUAUGCUGAAGACCCUUAUAAAAAUUUCGGUUUGCCAUCUGUUGGUCGUCUGUAUAAGUAUAUUGAACCUACAUAUAUUCCAAAUGUUCGAUGUGAUAGUGGAAUUCAAGAGGGAAGUGAAAUUAGUAUUUUUUAUGAUCCUAUGAUAUGUAAGCUGAUCACUUAUGGACCUUCCAGGAAAGCCGCUAUUGACACAAUGAUUAAAGCUUUAGAUUCAUAUGUCAUUAGAGGUGUCAGCCAUAACAUUCCAUUAUUGAGAGAUAUUAUGACUGAAAAGAACUUUAUUGAUGGAAAUAUUAGCACAAAGUAUCUCUAUCAAGUUUAUCCUGAAGGAUUUAAAGGCAAGCAGUUGUCGGAAAAAGAAAGAGAACAUUUAGCUUCUCUCUGUGGAUGUAUUUUUGUUCGUCAUGAAACCAGAUCUAGGCAUUUCUUAAAUCAGCCACAACCACCACUUGAAAGUACUUUACCAACAGAGUGGAAUCUUAUUUCAGAAGUUAAUGGCAAAAAUAUUGAAUUAUUACUCUCAGAAAAGAAAAAUCAAUUUGAAAUUUCUGUAAAUGGUAGAGAUGUUGUAGUAUCUGGUGAUAUAUUACUUUCUGCACCUGUCCUUGAAGUACUAAUUGAAGGUGAAAAAUAUGUAUGUCAACUUCUUAAACAUGAUGGAGCUGGAAAUUUACGAAUUCGCUUUCUUGGCACACCAUUUAUUGUUCGAGUAUUAACUGAAAUUGCUGCUGAGUAUGAACGUAUUAUGCCGAAAAAACCAGAGAAAGAUGUAUCUAAAAUUGUAACAGCUCCUAUGCCAGGUUUGCUGAAAUCUAUAGCUUGUAAAGUUGGUGAUGAAGUUGCUGAAGGUCAAGAGGUAUGUGUAAUAGAAGCAAUGAAAAUGCAAAACAGUUUAGCUGUUGGCACUACAGGAAAAGUUAAGAUGGUUCACUGCAAAGAAGGGGAUGCUGUUGAAGAAGAGCAGAUAAUCAUUGAACUUGAAUAGAAAUAAUCCACUUUAAACUUAGAAAUAUAAAUAUCCACUUUAAAACUAAGAAGAUGUUAAAGAUUUUAAUUCAUGUUGGUUUAUUUAAAUUUAUAUAAAAAAUGUGAACAAAUAUCUCGAAUUUAUUUGCAGAUUAUAUCAAUAAUACUAAGUUAUAUGCUGUAUAAUGUUCCUAAAUAGAGUGGUAAAACAGGAUGCAUAUUAAAAUGUGCCAUGCCAUAUAUAGAUUAUAUUAUUAUUGUUACUAUGAAUCUCACAUCAUGUUGUUAAGAUCUGAUAUAGCAUGUGUGUUAUAUUUUUCAUGUAGAGAAGAACUUGUUACUAUUUUAUAUUACAAUUUAAUCACUUUUUUUAUCAUGAGAUAAUAUAUAAAAGUCUCAAUAUGAUUUAUCUAUUUAAAGUAUCUUACACUUAUUUUUAUGACAAGCAUUUGAUUUAAAAAUCAGGCAAUAAAUUAACAAAAUCUGCAAGUUGAAACUAUUUUUCCAGUUUGUCAAUCAAUGCUCAGUGUUAUAAAUGGUGAAAAUAUUUUAAGUUUAUUGCAUUGUGUGUUAAUGGAACUUACAGAUCUGUCUGUUUAUAGGAGCUUUGAAUAAAAAAGUUUUAUUUUGUUAUAUAUUUACACAACUUUUUGUACCAAACUCAAAAACUAUUUUGUUUUGUUUUCUUUGCAGCUAGUAAAACAGAAGCUGUUUUGGGUAGAAAUCUCGUAUAAAUUAUAAAGAAUUAUAUAUUUUCCAUUUAAAGUUAUUUACAAUGCUAUUUCAAAAUUUGGUGCUGGAGUAGUACAAAAUAAUUAUGUGGCUGUAACAUUUGCUGUGUGAAAUAAUUCUACACAUUUUUGCAUAUUUUUUCUAGUUCAAUAUAGAUAAGGAAAAAGUUACCUAAAAGCAUUUAUUAUUUGAAAUAUUUUACAUUUGCAUCAUGUGAUAUAAAUUUUCUUACAUAUAUUAAUUCUUUAUUGCUGUGCAUUCUUUAUAACAGUUUUUAGCCUUAAUUUUAUGUUUUCUUUUACAGUUAUUUUUUCCCUUUGUAGUAUUUCUAAAGCUCAUAGUUAACUGGUACUACAUAGUAAAAUUGUACAAAAAUAUAUUUCUCAAUGUGUAUAUGUAUGUUUGUACUGGAAAGUUUUAUUCAUAAGUAAAAAAGAGAAGGCUCAUGUUUGUUGUAUUUUCCUGUUUAUUUUGUUAUCCAUUAUAAACCUUAAUAAUAGGUAUACUGUAUAUAAUGUUUAUGUUCAGAAUAUCUUUAAUAUAGGGUAACUAAAUAUAAAGAAAGAUAAAUUUGCUGUUAUAGAUUAUGUUCGUAGCAAAUCAAGAUCAUGUAAUGCACAACAUUAGUAUUUUAUAUACUGUUUAAAAUGCAAAUAGAUUUAAAAAAAUUUAACUGUUUUAAAAUAUUAUGAAAAUGUGUUGGGAAAGCAGCUCUACUUUUAAGUUACUACUAGUUAAGCCAUGUUUUAUUUUAUUGUCUAUUUUCAUCAUUCUACUGAAGAUCUGUGUAAAAUUGCUGGGGUAUGAAAUGAAAAUGUUUGCUUAAAGUUGGUCUUUUAAUGAUUAUGCUACAAGAAUGCAUUAUUUUUACAUACAAAGGCUGUUUACUCAUUUUUUGGACUAUUUUCAUGGUAUUUACAGAAAUAUUUUUACUAAAAUUUUUGUGUUUUAAAUAAUCUGUUUGAUAAUUUGUUUUAAAAAAAAUUCUAUUUGAUAACCCUUUUCGCUGUACGAUCAUGUUCAGAUAAUCUGCUUUUUAAAAGCACAAAAAUGUAUGAGAGAUGUAUCAGGAGAUAUAGUAAGGAUAUGAUUUUCCAGGAAAGGAACAGCAGAUUUUAAUGUGCGGCUGCUGGCUUUGUCUUGAUGCAGUCCUACUGAUUAAUGUCACUGUGAGUAAAGAAAAGGUUUAUGAUAUUAGAAAAUUGGUUAUAAAAUAUAUUCCUGAUAAUAUGUGGAAUUGACCUUAACAUUUUUCUCCACUCUCUUAAUUUUUAAUUUUGCUGUUAUAUGAAAAAUCAGCAACAAUCAUAAAUCCCAAUGAAAAACUUUUAAAUUCUUCGAAUCAUGUUUCAGAUUUUUUUACUACCUUUGGUGAUAAUAAAUGCAUCUCUUUUUAUUGCUGUCAUUUAAGUACACUCAAGAUUUAAUCUAUUGUAACUACAUGUUUUCAUUUUUGUCCAGCUAAAUGUUUCUCAUAAAGAAUUCUAUAUAUAGCGCUUUCUGUAUUCAGCAGUAUGUCGUGAGAAAGACUAUUUAAAAAGGUUAAAAAGCACAUUAUGAUUUUUCACCUUUUUAAAUUUCAAAUUAGCAUUAAUCACAUUGUUUACAGUUCACACUGAGCAUUUUAAUGACUUUGCAACUGUCUUUUGACUUGGUAAAUUUUUU